AUGGUUGUAAUACAAAACUUUUAUUUAUACUUAACAGCACUCGUUACAAUAUCCCAAAGCCGUGUCAAUAAUGCACAGUUGCUGCCUCCGUUAAACCCGCCGCCGGAAAACACCAACUCUGACUUUAUCAGUCUCGCCAACAGGUACGGGUUUCAGCCUUUACAGCACGAAGUCACCACAGACGACGGCUACAUCCUCACGCUCUUCCAUAUCCCAGGCAGGAGCAAGUACCCCGUGUUAUUCACUCACGGGUUAGCAGAUGCUGCAGAUCUUUGGUUGCUGAGAGGUGAGAACUCUCUGGGAGUAACACUAGCGAACGAAGGCUAUGAUGUCUGGUUCGCAAACUCAAGAGGCAACAGAUACUCAAGAAGACACGUUUCUCUCGAUCCAGACAACAAUGCAACAUACUGGAACUUCAGCUUCCACGAAAUGGGCUACUACGAUCUCCCCGCGAUCAUAGACAGAAUCUUGAACGAAACACAGAAACCUUCCGUAACAGCCAUCGGGCAUUCCAGAGGAAAUCUAAUGUUCUACAUCCUCGGCGCCACCAGACCGGAGUACAACUCCAAGGUGAACGUGAUGAUAUCGCUGGAACCGAUCUGUCACUUGACUAACACUAAGCCUCCAGUGAUGACAAUCUUGCAAGCAGUACCAUUUAUUGACCAAUUAUUCAACAGCCUCAAUAUUACAAUAACAGAGUUUUUAGGUUAUAACAGCACGAUGACAAGACUGGUUCGAGCUUAUUGUACGUACCCCAACAUCGGUAAUGAAUUAUGUCUGAAUACCAUAAUUUUCCCUUUAUUUGGAUUCGACGAGAAAGAGCUAGAGCCGUCUUUCGUGAAUGUGUUCAUAUAUCACUUUCCUGCGGGAACUUCUUGGAUGGAAGUCUUGCACUUGUCGCAGCUGACAAGAAAAGAUUUUUCGCAAUUCGAUUAUGGAACUGCUCAGAAUGUUUUAGUGUACAACUCUUCAGUUCCACCGGCGUAUAACCUGACGCUGGCCACGAUGCCGUUCGCUCUGCUGGCUGGAAGGAACGACCGUCUGUCGACGCUCCCGGACGUGGGCGUGCUGAGGAAGCAGCUGCCGAAUGUGGUGGACUACACAGUCAACCGGCGCGCUUUGUUCAACCACGCAGACGCCGUCUUGGGAAGGCACAUGCCUGAUUAUCUGUUCCCUGAUAUACGACGAGUGCUAAAACGAUACAACAAACGACCUUAA